GAGCGGCCGGGGAAUUGGAAACCGAAAGCCUUUGCUGCGUUUGAAAACCGAAUCUUCCAGCACGUGAUGCAAACAAGAGGGCGGAGCUAAGAGGAAUUCAACUGUUUAAAACCCAGAGGCGAAUAGCGGACAGGGCAGAGAGAAGGACCUGAAACAGCGCACCUGAACUGAACUGGGAGCAGAAAAACUAAGAGAGAGAACAAUACAACCCGCCGUCAAUAUUACAUUACCGCACGAGAGACAACACCGUCUAACUCGAAGCGCUUAUCCUCGAAGUGAAGAUGCAGAUUAAAGUCACGACCUUGACGGGGACUUGUUAUCCCGUGGAAAUGGAUCCCAGCGCCACAGUGGGGCAGCUGAAGCAGGAGAUCGAGCGUCGGGUCAGUGUUCCAGCGUUCCGGCAGAAACUGGCGAUGCAGAAGAACGGGCGCAAAGAGCUGGAAGACGAGGGGAGGCGGCUGAGCGAGUGCGGGCUGGAGCACGGAGACACCGUGCUGGUGCUGGUCACCGAGCCCAAGUCCAUGCAAGUCUUCUUGCGGAACCACAAGGGCCAGACGCAUACAUACGAGAUCUUCCCGGGGGAGACGGUCACCGAGUUCCGGCAGAAGGUUUAUCGGGUGGAAAGGGUUCCACCGGAGCAACAGGUGCUCGUCUGUCAAUCCAAGACGCUUCAAGACGGCAGGAAAUUGGAGGAUUACAACAUCAGCCCCAAUACUACCAUCACCUUGAACUUGCGUCUGAGAGGAGGCUAAGCGCAGCGCUGCGUCCAGUGCCUUCCAGAGAUGCUUAUCAUCUUUGAAUUACACCAUGGACCUGAUCUAUAAAAGCAUAAUUACAGUACUACAGAUUAUCCUUAAAUUUAUGACAAUUUGUUUUUCUUGUUUUUUUUAAGUUAUUGUUUGUGUAUUAAAAUACUUGACGCAUUCCCUAAGCUAAGGAGCUCUAUAAUGUGGUUGGCAUCCCCCAGCACAACCGUUUAAAAAGAUCACCUUAAAAAAGAAAAAAAAAAAAAAAAAAAGGUUGUGAAUGCUUGCUAGU